CGCGUUCCUAUGGACAGACGCACAGACACCUGCAGGAAAGACACUGCUGAUCCUAUAACAUGGAGGAUUGCCUUCAUACCUCAUCUGAGAAUCUGUCCAAGUUGGUCAGCUGGGCCCACAGCCAUGGGACUAUUUGCAGCCUCAUCCCAAACCUGAAACAUUUGCUUUCCGAAGGUUCCCAUGGGAACCUGACGGCAAUGUGGGGCUGUAGUGCCGGCCAUGCUUACCACUGGCCACUGACAGCUACUUGCAGAGCUGGGUCCCAAGAAAGGGUGUGUUUCCAGGAUAACAGAAGUUUUAAUUCUGAUAGUCCCAGUAUAAUUGGAGUACCCUCUGAGACACAAACCAGCCCUGUUGAAAGGUACCCGGGGCGCCCAGUGAAGACCAAAUUAGACUGCAAUCGGACCAGAGACUCUUGUGACUUCUCUUACUGCAGCGAGCCCUCUGAACUGGAUGAAGCUGUUGAAGAAUAUGAAGAUGAAAACACCCUGUUUGACAUGGUCUGUGAGUCUUCAGUUACAGAUGAAGAUAGUGACUUUGAACCCCAAACCCAAAGACCUCAAAGCAUCACUCGAAAAAGGCCUGGUUUAGUCCCAUCUUCUCUCCACUCAAGCUCCCAGACUCAGAUGGUAGAUGAAUGCAGCAAUGAUGUCAUUAUUAAGAAAAUCAAACAGGAGAUCCCUGAAGAUUAUUAUAUUGUGGCAAAUGCAGAGCUGACAGGUGGGGUGGAUGGACCAGCCCUGUCAUUGACGCAGAUGGCCAAACCCAAGCCUCAGACUCAUGCUGGUCCUUCUUGUGUGGGGUCUGCCAAGCUGAUUCCCCACGUAACAUCUGCCAUUGGCACAGAGCUUGACCCACAUGGUGUGUCUGCAUCCCCCUCUGUAAUGUCCAGACCAAUUGUUCAAAAGACUGCCAGGGUAUCUCUGGCUUCACCAAACAGAGGACCUCCUGGUGCCCAUGGUACCAGCCAGCAGAUGGCCAUGCAGAUGCCUGUGAGCACAUCCCAUCCCAACAAACAGAUCAGCAUCCCUUUGUCUGCCCUGCAGCUGCCUGGACAGGAUGAGCAAGUUGCCUCCGAAGAGUUCCUGCCCCAUUUGCCCAGCCAGGUCUCCUCCUGUGAGGUAGCCCUUUCUCCCUCAGUUAACACAGAGCCAGAAGUGAGCUCCAGUCAGCAGCAGCCCCCCGUCGCUCCAACCAUAACCACCGAGGCCACGGCACAGUGCAUACCAGCCUAUUCUACUAAGCUCAACAAAUUUCCCGUAUUUAAUGUUAAUGAUGACUUGAAUGAUCUGUGUACCAGUGCAGUAAGCCCAAACACCACCAAAGCCACACGCUAUGCCUUGAACGUGUGGCGAUACUGGUGCAUGACCAAUGGGCUCAAAGACCACACGGACAUCACCAAGAUCCCCGCAGUGAAGUUGAAUGAGCUGCUUGAGAACUUUUAUGUCACCGUUAAGAAGAGCGACGGCUCAGACUUCUUGGCCACCUCCCUCCAUGCCAUCCGCCGAGGCCUGGACCGCAUCCUGAAGAAUGCAGGCGUGGGCUUUUCCAUCACCAGCAGCACCUUCAGUUCUUCCACCAAGAAACUCAAGGAGAAGCUGUGGGUGCUGAGUAAGGCAGGGAUGUCAGGUGCCCGAUCCCGCAACAUCGUCUAUUUCUCCCUUUCUGAUGAAGAAGAGAUGUGGCAGGCUGGAUGUCUGGGGGAUGACAGCCCUAUCACUCUCCUGUCCACGGUUGUCAAGUACAACAGCCAGUACCUGAACAUGCGGACGCUGCAGGAGCAUGCCGACCUGAUGUAUGGUGACAUCGAGCUGCUCAAAGACCCCCAAAACCAGCCCUACUUUGCCCGCACGGAUAGUGUCAAGCGGGAGAGUCGCAGCGGGUCCACGAGAGUGUGCCACGGGAAGAUCUAUCACGAACACUCCAGGGGCCACAAACAGUGCCCUUACUGCCUCCUCUACAAAUACAUGUACAUCCACCGGCCACCAACCCAGAUGGAGGCCAAGUCCCCUUUCUACCUGACGGCCAGGAAGGAGGCCACAGACAUGGGCAGCGUGUGGUACGAGGAGCAGAGGAUGGGGCUGCGGUCUCUCCGGGGAAUUGUUCCAAACUUAGCCAAGAAGGUCAAGCUGGAAAACUGUGAGAACUUCACUUUUGUCUCAUUUACUCAGGUCUCCAGGAGGCUCGGCUCCCACAGCUGCUGCCAGUGAGUCUUCCUCAGUGCAGGCCAUAGCCAGAGUUCUGGGGUGGCUGGGGAGGACCAUGACUUCAUGGUCGGGCUGUGACCCGCUGUUUCUUUGACUUUUGAGGUUUUUAAUGGAAAGUAGAUGAGUCUCAAUCAGUAGGAUGGUUUAUCCAUAUGCGUGUCACCUUUGUUAAAUGAUAGAAUCUAAUACAAUGUGUAAUUGCUACAUACACAAGAGUGAGGCAGUUCAUUUUAUCUAGUGCCUUUUUAGCACAGAAUUCUCAAAAAAAAAAAAAAAAAAAGAUUGAAAAAAGCCCUGUUUAAGUAGUCAUUAAAAAAAAUCCCAGUAGCCUCGUAGCUUUAGAAUGUUAUGAAGACUAUCUACACUUUGUUGAAUUACACUCAUCGUUAGGAACUAGAAAGAGGCAGACAUGUUAACUAUUUCUAGGAGAAAAAUUGCACUGGACACUCCUUUAUAUUUUGUUGAUGGAUCAGUCAGUUCAGUGGCUCCUGUAGCCUUGCUGGGUGGAAGGUGGCAAAGCUGGUUCAGCCAUGCCGAGGGCUCCCAUCACCGGCGUGAACUUGAUCUCUAAAGAAAAAAAAAGAUUAGUGUACCAAAAGGUGCUGGUGAGAACAAGGUUUCCAGUGAACUAGGUUUGUACCUUGAGGGAAUUUCCAGUGGUGAAAGGACUUUGGUGGCUUGGAAAAGCAAUCUGUGAUCAAAAUGUGAAAACCUCCUGAAGCGGAAGUGCCUACAUUUUAUUUCUUAGCUCCAUGUGAAAACUAUUUUCAUUUGAACAAUUUUCAGAGGACUUUUUUUUUAAUUCCUUGUGUCCUACAGUUGUUCUGUCAACAUAGAACACUGGAUCUGUAAAACAAUGAAGGUAAUUUUCAGGUUAACCAGGAAAAAAAAAAAAAAAAAAAAAAGUUGCAAGGAAAACAAAUUCCAAAAUGUGUUUUUAAAGAACUUUGGAGUAUUUUUGUCAAAGUAAGACGUUUUCAGCCACAAUAGAUGUCAUUAUUUUAGGUUGGCACCAAUGCUUGGGACACAAUGAUGUAGCAACCUACCAGGUAAGCAAACCCAGCAUUACAGAGUAUAAAAUUGAAGCACGGUGAUAGGUUAUUGAUGUAAUUUGAAAUCAGGUGAAAUUUCACUCUGAUGAAUCUUUUACCUGACAGCAUGUUAUGGAAACAUCUACAAAAUUUUCUAAUAACUACUCUGAUUGAAAAGUGCAAAAGAAGCCCAAAGAAUGCUAAUUAAUAAUAGUACAAUUUCUAGAGAUCUUUAUUUUAUAUGUAAGGAGAGACUGCUAAAUUUAUACCAUUAUGUUCCUGUGUGUGCAUUCUAAUCUAAAAUUAAAUUUUCAGUGUAAAUUCAUUUUAAUGAGUUCUUAAACCAUUCCUAUUUCUUUUGCAAAACAUUUUGGUAUUUAUUUUAGUUGUUUUUGAAGAUCUUCACUAGUCAUUCAAAUAUGUAAUGCUUCUUUUCCCAGAGAAGUCUCAACCAAUGCUGCCUUAAGGGUUAGUUCUGAUUCCUUUUUAGUUACUGCACAUUUCUAAUUUUGUAUACUAGUUGAUCCUUGAGUAUAGGUUACUUUUUAUAUGUCUCCAUCUGUAUGUAAAUAACCGGCAAUAUUUAAUAAUCAGUGUUUUGAUUUGAUACUGCAUACUGUUCUGUUGUGGUUUCCUUUGUGAUUUUAGGGUUUUGAUUAGAAAGAGAAAACAUUAGGUAUGGUUUCCUUUAGCUUGCUAAACACCCAAAGGACAUUUUGUUUGUGCAAAGCAGGUGGCAUUUUUCUUUUCAGUUCUGCACUGAAUAGAAAUAUAACCUAUGUGAAUUAUUGGCCAGAACCUUCAGCCCAAUGAAAUAAAACCUUCAUUUUUAUUUUAAAUUGAUUCAAGAAGUAACUGCCAUUAGAAAUUACUGGGAUCUUUUCAGAUUUUAACAUUUUCAAAAGUAGCAAUAACUGAUGCAGAGCUUGUUCUCUUGCUGUUGAUACUAACAGUGGCUUUUCAUCAGUUGAAUAGCCAUCUCUGCCUCAAAUUUGUUCCUUAUCACCUACUUGAUAUACUGUAACUCCCCAGAGUUCUGAAGCAAAUGAUUAUAGUAAAAAAAAAAUCAGGAGGGGAAUCUUCAGUGAUAUCAGAUGUAAUAAGACUGUAAUAAUCUUGGCGUGUUUAGUACAUGCCUGCCUCUGUGGGGCUGGGUUGAGGAAGAAGCACAUUGAUCAGGUGCCACUCUGCGCUGCUCAUGGUACUAGGUACUUGGUCUGUUAUGUAUUUGUGUGUAGCUCUAGAAGUCUGUGUGUGCACACACGCUUUAACUGUACACGUGGCAAUGCCUAGUAAACUUGCUGAAAUAGCAAAGCACAACCCACCUAUAUGGACAUGUCCAUCCUCAGAGUAUCUGAGGGAGCCCAGAGUAGCCAGUGCUGACUGGCCUUCAGCCAAGUCCUUGGUCAGUUUCUCUAGCCAGCUGUAAACCCACUGCAGAUUCCAUGAUUUUCUACUCUCUUGACCUAAACCAGGAGAAUGGAAGAUCUCAGAGAAGAAGGGGAAAAUUAAGAGCAUUUUCUCCACUUGAUUUAAACUUUAUUUACUCAAAAGUGGGAGUGAAUACUAAGCAUGGACACAAGUUGCCUCAGGCCACAUCAAGAAGUGUCCUGCUGUAGGUGUUCCCGGAGGACCUAUGGUGCCCUCUGGGUGAGCGCUUGCACAUAGCAGGUGGGCCUCUGCUGUCAAAUGUGCCCUCCCUAGAAUCCAGCAUCAGCUUGAAGGGCAUGAUUCAGAUUUAGCACAAUACUGGGCAUAUAUAGUAAGCAUGCAAUAAAUGUUGGCUAUUUUAGAUACAAAUUUUGGUAACAGUAAUAAUACUAUUCAGCUAAUCUGCUUUACACCCCUUAUUUCUUCCAUUUUGAGAAUUCUCCCUUAAACUGUUUAACCUGAAUAAGAAACCAAACCUGAUUAUCUAGUCACAUUUACACCCAUGAUUCUACCUCCAAUACAACCAAGUCCCAAUACCUCAGUAUAAGCAAAAACAAUUGAAGAACAGAGAAGCCUUAAGAGGCUUUAUGAGAAAGCUUUUCCGUUGUUUAGUGUGUUUGUAGAGGGGACAGGUACCGAAGUACCUAGCCAAAAUCGUGAAAGAAAUGGUCUUCUGGAUCAUGUGGCAUUUCUAACUUCCUAGCUUUCCUUGCGUUCUAUGCUGCCUUGAUUGAAAGAAGUUUGAAGAAAUGCCAAAUUCUGUUACUUUAAUUUUUAUUUUAAUUCAACCUUAUUAAAAGCAUCAAGCACUAUACUACUCUCUCAGAACAUUUAUAGACACUGGGAGAAUCUGGGCAAAACAUCCUUGUGUAGAAGCUGAGGCCUCACGCUGUACUGGAAAGAUGUCUGCCUUCUUCCUGGGAGUUCUGUCACUGCUCACUUGGCAAAUUCUGGUCUUGGAUAUAUAGGGGAAUUGUUGGAAGGACCAUUGAGUGUUACACUUUUGCAACCUCUCAAGGCCAUAGGAGUUAGGAAGUAGCACAAGUAGGAAGAAAAUUUCCCUAAUUUGGGUCAUGGAGUGAAUCUCCUAAUUCAAUGCUUGUCUGUGGAACCCUAUCCUUAGGAAUAAGAUUUUUCUUGAAUUUUCAAGUUUCACGACUUCUAAAAUUAUUUUUACUGUCUCUAGGCAACAGAAUGUUGAUAACAUUUCUCAGUAUAGGCUGACUCUGACCACAUUGUUACUACUUAUACCAUAAACAGUGUGUAAAUAUUAUCCUUAUCAAACAUGCAUCACAUUGUCCCUUUUAUUCAAUCCAGAUUGCUAAAUAUUUUUGAACUAGUAACCAGUUGCUUUUAGGCACCAAUAAAUUCAAACAAUAAAGACCUCAAAGAAGAAUUACCAGUUUCUUUACAUGAGCUCCCAUUUAGUCCAAGUAGGGAACCGCAUCUGGCAGUGACAUCCCUACCUAUUUUAAGCUAUUCACAAAUAGCCCUGAAUAGCAGACUACAGUAAAUGUUUUGAUUUUGUAUAUAUCUUCAAAUACUUUUGCCUUGGGGUGAAUUUUUAAUGCUCUCUAAUGAAAGAAAACCAUUCAAUUGUUUAGGCAGUGUUCUAAGGUGAAAAUAUUUGUUGUAUUUUUCCAUGUAAAUGAAUCACCUUAACUGAAAUAUGGAGUGAGUGGAAGGAGAGAGCCCCAUGGUGACCCAAGGCUGAGCUCCAUUUCUGAAAGGAGGCCAGCUAAUCUCUGAAAGUUCCUGUGUAUUCUGUAUCCACAUAUUCUGAUAUCAUAGUGAUACCGUAAUUUCCAGUUUUCAGGCCUAGUCUCCCAGCCAGGAACAGAUCCCUGGCUGCAGUGGCAGCGCUGAGUCCCAGGCACUCAACCACUGCUGGUUGGUGUCUCACAAAGCCACAGCAGGAACUUGGAAGACACUCAGGCAAGCAAGUCAAAAGAGGCUGAUUUGUUUAGAGAAAGAAAAAGUUUAUUAAGGAGAAAGGGAAUAGAAAUAACUAAGUCUAACUAAGUCUGUGUCCCAGCCCUUGUCUUAGCAUACUUUUCUUUAUCAUCCUUGUUCUGGAAUGUCCUGUUGCCCCUAGUCCUAGGGUGUUUGAUUUGUUCCCUUUGGAAUUUAUUGCCCUUAUCUUUGGCACCUCAUUACUCCUCCGAGGCUUUUCCUGUUCUAUUCUGACCCUAAGGGCUCUCAGCUUGCUCUAUGACCCAACAGGAUUUCCCCAAACUCCUUUGCGGGAGGCUGCCUCUUUUUUCUGGCAAACUUUGACUGUUACCAUGAUUAUUUUGAGUACUUGUAGUUCUUUGCAGCCGCCAAGAGUGAGUGGAAUCUGAACUUCUAGAGAAGUUCCCAAAGUUUAGUUGUUGAUCAGAAUCCCAUUUUUAUGCUCAGUUAAGGUAUUUAUUAUUUAUCUAAUGUAUCUCACAUGGAAAUUAAUAAUUUCAGGAAAUAUUUUUGAAGACCUACAAAAAAGAUCCCUGGAUUAUAUGUAUUAAUAGUUGCAUAUUGCUUUCUUUGCUAUUAAUAGCAAUUAUAUUGACCCCUCUCCUCCACUGGUUUGCAAAUGGGCAAACCAGUGCUCAAUAUUUUAUGGUCAAUAUAACUUAUUUGAUUAAUUUACAUUUAACUGUAGUUACUGUUAUUGAUUUGUGCAAAUAGAAGUUUCUAGGUGGUUUAGAUUUGACUAAUAUCCUAUGGUAAGUGCUUUCUCACAGCUGCCUCAUUCUCAUUUAAUUCUCACCACAACUCUGCAAGGUAGAUUUAGUUAUUCCCACUUUACUGACUGAGAAACCAAGACUCCAAAAAGUUAAGAAAUUUUCCCAAAUCUCACGGAGCUAAUAAACUGGAGAACUUAAGUGAAACCCAGAACUUCUGACUCCAAAUCCAGUGCUCUAUCCAUUGGACCAAACUGCCUUUUUCAGGCCUGAAGAAGUCACAGAGCUUUAAAAAAAAAAAAAAAUCAAGCAGUUUCUGUUUCAUUGUCCAAGCCAUAAUCACACCUUACAUGUGCUUUCUUACUCAUUGACUUGUCACUUAGUGUUAUAGUUCAGUACUUCCUGGAAAACCUGAUCAUUUGCUGCCUACUGCAAUGAAUGCCUCUAGCCAAUGAAUGACUUCCCUAUUAUCUAGCUUAAAGGGUAGAUACCAAGCCCAUUUAUUCUAAUAAAAGUCAGGUUAUAAACCACUUGUUUUUUUUUUCUUUUCUUUGUUGUUUUUGUUUUUUAAAGUUGCAUCUGUUUUGACAUUCGUUAUCACUUAAAUGUAAAGAAAUUCCUAACCUAUGUCAUAAUUACAUGCUCAGGUUUUUAAACAUUAGCUUUUUAAUUUUGGUGUCAGAGGAUGUUUAUUAUCUUUAGGCUAAAGUGCCCUUGUAGCAAAUUAUCCUUAGCUAGUCAUUUGUUUUCUAUUCUUUUUUCCUUUCUCAAGGCAUAUUCAUUUUCUGUUUGAAGUCUUUUUUUUUUUUAAGAUUUAUUUAUUUAUGCAUACAAGAGCUGGAGACAGGCCAUAGAUGUGGGGGGUGAGAGGAUCCAUCAGAGACAGAGUGGGGGAACAGACCAGGCAGACUGAUUGAAAUACACUGCUGAGGGGAGCAGCGAGCGAGACAGGAGAGGUCUGCCUUGCCAUGUGGGUUGCUCCCUGGCCGGCUGGGGAUCGAACUUGUGCUGCCAGGCUGUGGACUGCUUCAUAUGCGGUGCUUAACCCCUUCCGCCACCAGGGAGGCCCUGUCUGAAGUCUUAAAAAAUAAUGUCACAGCCUACUCUGACAUCAUCUAGUCAAAUUUCUUCAUUUUUAUUACUUAGAAAAUGAAAGCCAAGGAAUAAUAAAUGGCCUCCAAGGUGACCCAGACAAGAAGCAGUAGAGUCAGAACUAGGAAAUUAGCCCCGGGCUCAUAGCUGGGAAGGUUUGGAUUUUUAAAAAUUAAUUAAUGGAACCACAUCUGGCAGUGACAUCUGACUAUCAGACACUCCCAGUGAGCUCCUGCCGUUCCAGAAAAAAACUGAUGAAAACCCAGAAGAAGGUCAAUCCCAAUUACAGAAACUAGAAAGGACCACUACAGUUUAUGAAACAUAUAGAGGUGGGUCCAGAUUGUAGCUCAGUAUUUCCCUGGCUUCACUUCACAAAUCAGGGGCCUUGUGAAUAAGAAAUGGAAAGAUGUUUAGUGUUUGUUUUCCCCAACCGUGACUCCAGAGCUCCCCAGCCAGAGACCCUUCCUCUUCACCAGAUGCCACACUGUGAAGUGAAGAUUCUCUGUCCCACCGCCUUCCUUCUCUUUGCCUCACCUCCCCUUCGUUCAGUCCAAGACUCAAGUCCUAAGACUAAAACAUGAGCUGAAUGCAGAGAGGAUCUAUUAGAGAUAUAGUGUAUUCUGAGAAAAAUGCCCUUUAGGUGAUGGCAGAAACAAUAAAUAACCAGGUAGCAGAACAUGCAAGUCACUGUGAUCUUUUAUGGAUGGUGUUGGUUCAGAGAUCCAGAAAACCAAGCCAUCGUAGGAAGGAUGCCUCGCUAAUGGGAAGGUGUUGGACUUGAAAUUGGACUUGGAAAUACGCACAUCACCUUACCGUAAAGUGUAUAUUUGAAAGGGGAAUUUGACAAGCACCCAAGUGGGCAGAUUACAUAGCAAAGGCAAAUUCUGGGUCAGGGAAGGAAGCUUAAGAGUGAAUGUAGAAAAUAAAGCAAAAUAGGGCAUGUGGGGAAAAAAUGUGACUGAGCCUAGGAAAAUGAGCAGUUUCUUGAACUCUUGAAAAUAAAAGUGGCUUACUUUUAGAAUUCUCUUUUGUCGGAGUUGACAAAACAGAAGAAUUCCUUCUACACAAUAAGUCAUUUUAAAAGUGAAUGGGUUCAGGAAAAAGGGCAACUGGAUAAAAAAUGAGGAGGAUUAGAAAGAAGAAUUUCAAGGAAGCUGAAAACAAGGGCAGAUUAAAAUCCACAUUGGGAGCCAAAAAUAACAACGUUGGUGCAUAAAACACUCAUAUCAAUCAUAUAAGGGGCAAACUUGAAAUUUUCUUCCUAAUGUUCUUUCAGAAGAAACAAAAAUUGAAAAUAGUGGGGAGAGGUAACGGAAGACAAAACAUCAGACUAUAAAACAAUCUCUCCUGGACAGAAUGAAAAUCUGUCGAUUGAAAGGACUUAUUUUAUUUCAAGUUUAAAAGGGGGGAAGAGACAUGUACCUCAGCACCUCCUGGCAGAGUGUAUGAUCUACCAAAGAUAGAGAAGAAGGCCUGCAGGCAUCCGGUCAGAAGGUAACAAGUACCAGAAAAUCAGAGCUUUCUGGCUGAAGACUUAUACUCUCCAGAGCCAAAUGCCAGGAAACGGUAGGGAAUCUGGAGGGGCGUGGGGGGGAGUUGUGGCUUUGGACUUUUAUACAGGUUUUAUAUGUCACAAUACAGAUAUUUUGUUAAGACAGACAUUCAGGAAAACACCAAUGUACUGUUCUUACAAAGAUAAGUGUACUGUAACCGACAAUGUGUAGUUAAACACAAAUUUGGGCUUGUUACCAUUUCAGUGGACUCUGAGGUCUUAAGCAUCAGGUCGUUACCCACAAGGAGGGUGAGUAUACUAAAGAGAUGAUGCCACUGGAAGUCACAAAUGUAAACGUGCCCAAAGUCCCCCCAUGAGUAAACGAAUACAAGAUGAUGGACCUAAAAAUCACCACCAGCUCACAGCUUGGUGUCUCUUCACUUUUAUUACUGAAGGGAUGCAUGACCAUUAUAAUACAAGUAAGAAAUUCAGAGACAUUUCUUAACAAUUUAAAUUACUCCCAAUCCCUGCCCCCCCCCAUCAUUUAAAUUGUUCUAUCUUGAAAGAAUGCAGAACUUCCAAGUGAGAAAAAGCUAGGGGUCCCACCUUGUUCCGGAUGUGACAGGCAAGUUGGCUCCAUCCAGCCUUCUCAGACUAAAAGCUGAUGGCAGGUUGAGAAUACAGAAUAUAUAUUUGCAUUUUAGAAGAGAUCAAGAAAACAGAAACUUGUUUCAGAAUACAAGGUGAGGGCUUCCCUUCUCUCUGCUUGGCAUUUUAUGGGAUAGUAUUUAAAUUCAGGUAUUAAGGGCAUAAAAUCAAUAGAAGGAAAAAUGACUUCUGGAGAUGACAGUGUCAAUGUUAGCACGAAAGUGGGUGGUUUUGUUUUGUUAUUCAUACGCUUCCCUGGAAGGACUUGAAAACAAGGCCCGGUAUGUGGGCCUUUAUGCUCAUUGCCUCCCUGGCUGCAUUAAGGUUUCAUCCCUACCCCGGGAUUAAACUCACCCCACUUAAACUCCAUACAUUUUCAACACCACCAGCAUUUUGCUUUACAUUUAGCAAUAGGAUAGCUAAUGGGUUGCUUUGCGUUUGCUUAUUUUUCACUCUGAAGCACAGCAACCCCUUCCAGAUGGAGAGAAUCUCUUUUGGAGAAGCUCCAAGGAUCACCUUCCCGGGGACUCCUCUUGAUUGACUGUGACUGACAAAAACUACUUUAACUACUUUGAUACGAAACACGCUUUGAUUUAAAAUUAUAAUGUUUUUAUAUGACUGUAUGUUCCAAAUGGAGGCAACAAAACUGUGUCUUAAUGUCGUCACUGUUCUGGAUAUGUUUUUGUUUUUGUUUUGUUUGUAAUGCAGGGAGAUAAUCCAUCAUAUCUUAACACUGGAAGCAUCAUCCUUGAAUAGUGUAAGACAUUUCAGUACCUUAGAUGAUCUGAUUGUACCUUUUUCAGCACUUGCUUUCUUCCCCAGGGCGACUGCUCGUGGCACGCGUGUGUGUCCAUGCAGGGGCACAGAGCAGGAAGCAGGGGUGACAUCUGUCAUAGAAUGUCAGAGUUGGAGGGGGACUUCCCUGUUCAUCCAAUCCAGCCCUCUAGUUGAUAGUCUAGUAAAUUGUUAACUAUUUGCAAGGUUCUGAGUUGGGUGUUUUUGUUUCUUUUGUUAAGUUGUUUGGUUGGAUUUAUUAUGUACAUGCAACUUGACUAUUUAACCCAGAUUUUUGAAAAUAAAAAGUUUAAUGUA